AUGUAAUCAAUUCCAAUUUUACAGAUAGAUCAUUUACUCAACACUUUUUAGAUUAAGGCUAAACUUGGAAAAGGAGCUUUUGGAAAUGUAUUUACAUUUUAACAUUAAGGUUUAUAAAGUUCUUGGUCCUGAUUAAUAAAUAUAUGCACUUAAAUGUAUAUAUAAACGACGUUUUAAAGAAGCCAAUGGAUGUGUAGGAGAAUUAAUUAUGAAUGAAGUGAAUGCUUUAAAAUAACUCUAAAGUUAAUUUAUAGUCAAUUUAAAAUAAACUUUUGAAUGCAAUUAUGAAGAUGAAACCAUUUUCUGCAUUUUAUUAGAAUAUUGCGAUAGUAAUAUAAAUAAAAAUCAUCUUAGAUGGAAAUCUUUUGGAGUAUUUACAGAAAAAUUAUACUAAUUUUGAUUAAUAAAAAGCAAUUGUGUUUUUCAAAUAAAUCCUUUAGGGAAUGUAGAUGAUCCACUAAAAAAGGAUAAUACAUAGAGAUCUAAAAUUGCCUAACAUUUUAGUACACUAAGAUUAAAUUAAAAUUGCUGAUUUUGGAUUUUGUCAUAUCUUAGAAGAAGAUGUAAGUAGAUAAGAUGUAUCAUUUAAGUAAAAUUAAGUUAAAUUAAACUUGGGAUCACUUGGUACUUAAGCACCAGAAGUUCUGAAUAAUGAACCAUAUGGAUUAAAGUCAGAUAUGUUCUCUAUUGGCGUCAUUCUAUACUAGCUAUUAUUUUUUUCAUAUCCAUUUAGUGUAACAAGCAAAUAAGAUUUUCUAAAUUCAGUAACAUCUUAAAGUAUUUUCUAAAAAAUUUUAGAUCCUCCUUCCUUUAAAAAAAAUGGAAAAUUAAUUGAAAAAUAUUUGGAAGAUUUAUUGACAAAAAUGUUGAAAAAAGAUCCAAACGAAAGGUUAGAUUGGCAUGCUCUUUUUAAAUCUAAGUUAUUUCAAAAUAGUUACUCAUGUAUUUUUUAAAUUUUAUGAAGAAAUGUUUGGUGUAUCAACUAUCGAGGAUGAAAGUAUUAUAGAUCCUAUCAAAAGCUACAUUUAUUAUAAAUAAUAGAUAAAAACCUAAUUUCUUGAGUCUUCUAUACAAAAAAUUGAGAAAACCCCUAAAUAUAUUGAUCUCUAAUCUCAAAUUAAAUUCUUAACUUAUACUUAUGAAUUUAGUUAUAAAGUUCAUCAUCGAUAAGUUUUGAUGGUAAUAAAACAAAUAUUAUUUAGUGUAUUAUUCCGUGUUUUCUUAUACUUAAAUAACUUUAUUAUAAGUAGCAGUUAUAUUAGAGUUAGAAUAAGCAUAAGAUAUUUGAUCUAGCGCUUACUCAUCAAUAUCUUACUUACUAGUAUUAAGUAGUGAUGUAAUUUUCAACUUAUUAUUAGGGCAAAUUUAUAAAAAAUAAAGUAAUUAGGCUUAAUCGAAUAAGAUUGGGAAGAAGAACUUAUAAAUCUAUCAAUAAGUUCAAAAUUUUAAACCAUAUUUUCAUAAGUUGUUAAGAAAUAUUUAUUAAGUUUGAAGAAUGAAAUCCUAAAGGAUUCAGAAGAAUAAAAAAUUGAAUGGUAAGAUAUUUUACUUCAAGAAAACAAUAAAAGUUAGCAAGAAAUUAAAAAAUUUAUAUCGAAAUUAAAAUUUUUUAUUUUAAUUCAUAAAGUGUUAUCUUUAGAAGAAAUAAAACAGGAAUUAUUUUAAGAAUUAAUUAACGAUAUUUAAGAUAAAAAUGCAUAAUUAGUAGAUAUUUAUUAAAACAUUGUAUUAAGUUGA